AUGCACUCUCGUCCGCUUGGCCCAAGGACUCCCCGCUCCCAGUCUCCCCACUUGGCAGAGACUCGUCCUUUGCAGAUUCGCAAGGCAUCGGUAGAUCAAUCAGUUCUCCGUCCCCCAUCGCCGGCACUGCAGCUCUCCUCAUCACCCACCCCAUCGCGCCCUCUCAUCUCCGGCACUUCCCCAUCCCCUAGAACAAAUGGCUUGCGACCAAAGCUUCAGCUACCUCUAUCUGGUGGCGUAGGCAGCAUCAGCGACUACUACGCAGGCCCUGCCUCCAUCCCCCCUGGUUUAGAUGGAGAAAACCCCGGCGGUGCGACCGUUCGUCCAUCAGACACGCAGCUUCAGACACCUCGACCCCCGGAACAACAUGAUUCCAGCGAUAACAGCAUCGAACAAUUGGUUUCUGUGUUCGAGAAAGCAUCCGUCGAUUCCAACAUGUCAGCUGAUGAGAUCUCAACCUACGGAUCUACCAAGUGGUCCGAUAGUGUUUUGGAGGAAAUAUGCAGACUGGGAGAAGGUCAAGGUGGUGCAGUCCACAAAGUUAGAGACAUCCGGAACGGCUUCAUCUUGGCGAGAAAGACGAUCACUACACGCGAAGCACCUCUAAAGCAGCUCGGAAGAGAGCUGCAGAUUUCUUCCACUUCGAAACACAUCAAUAUCAUCCAGUUCUAUGGGGCUUACAUGUCACCUUCCUCUAGCGAAGUCAAGGUCAUGAUGGAGUUCUGUGCCGGCGGCAGUUUAGAAGCUGUCGGUAAGCGUAUUAAAGAACGUGGCGCCCGCAUCAGCGAGAGAGUUACCGGUCGUAUUGCUGAGGGGGUUCUUUCAGGACUGGCGUAUCUUCACUCUCUCAAGACCAUCCAUAGAGACAUCAAACCCUCCAACGUCCUUCUGACCGGGCAGGGCGUCGUCCGCCUUAUUGAUUUUGGGGUUUCCGGUGAACUUGUCAAGUCCUUGGCCGGAACUUUCACUGGAACAAGUUUUUACAUGGCACCCGAGCGUAUCAGUGGCAAAGAAUACAGCAUCCGUGCUGAUGUGUGGUCAACUGGUAUCACGCUGCUGGAGCUCGUCCAGAAUCAUUACCCGUUCCCGGACGACUUGACAUCUAUCGAGUUACUCGUCUACAUCACACAGGGAGAUCCUCCACAGCUGAUGGAUGAACCGGAUGUCAAAUGGAGUGACGAAAUGAAGGACUUUAUCAGACAAACAUUGAUCGUCGAUCACACCGCACGCCCCACACCUAAAGAAAUGCUAGCACACCCUUGGAUCGUUAGUGUAAUGAAAAAGGAGGUACCGAUGGCUAGAUGGAUCAGUGAAGUUUGGGGAUGGAACCGGAAUCGAUCCAGUUCAAGCGACGCCUCGCGGCCAAGCUCUAGUCGAGGUUUACCUUUCCCGACACCACUUUAG